AUACCUGGUAAUGUUUGGCAUCGGUAAAGCUGCACUGACAUACUUGUCUCAAAGUUUCAUAUUUUGUUUCAUCAAUGGAUGAUGUUUAUGGAACAAGGGCAAGCGAAGAGUUUGUUCCUCAUUGGAAUUGGACUGGAGACUCAAUGGGCCAUUAUCUCUCUGUUCAUCUUCCAGGUUUCAGAAAAGAGGAGAUGAUGGUUGGACUUGCUUAUCCUGGCUAUGUCACAAUCAGCGGAGAAAGGACAGCAGAUGAUGACAAAUGCAUAUAUUUCGGGCAGGCCAUGCGACUGCCAGAGAAUUUAGAUAUGAAUAAGAUAGGUCAAAAGUUUGAGGGUGAAAUGCUCUGUUUAACCUUCCCGAAGAGAGCAGAAGAAAAGGAUAAUGGAAUUGCUAACCCCGCUGCACAAGAACUAAGCAAUGAUGAAAAUCAAAGAAAACAUGAUGAAGGACAAGGUCAUGAUGCGAAUGAGGAAAAGAGCAAGCAAACUGAUCAUCAUGAUCGGAGUUUUCAGAGAGAGAUGAGAAAGAAGGGAAGUAUAUUGGAGAGGGCUAUCGAUUUGUUUAAAAACAAUAUCAGUCUUACAAUUGUUUUAGCCUUUUCAUUGGGGGUGUUCGUGUCUCGAAGGUUUGAAUCAAAUGGAGAGUAAACCAGCAGUAAGAUUAGCAUGCUCUGUUCAUUAAUUUAUGGUUAGAAAAACACAGACACUAGCAUUAACAUCUUUGAUCCCUCUAAAUUCCUCCUUGACAUC